UAUACAUAUUUAAUUUGCUGUAAGUAUGAUAUCUGUAAGAAAACCAAUGUGCAUUUUUGUGAAAUGAUUAUUUUAAUAACACUAGAGUCAGUGCCUGUAUGUUUUUACAAAAAAACUUAUUUAGGUACCCAAUACAAAAAACUAUUGAGCAAAAAAUCUUAUGAGCUAACACAUGGGAUACAACUGUUCUUGUAAAAGCUGAUUCCUAUGGACAAUUUUUGUUUUGUGGUAGUGUCUCCUAAGAGUUUUAGCAUUUCAAGGACAAUAUAUUUGAGAUAAACUAACAAUUUUUCAGUAGCAAACUGAUGUUUAUAGUACUGUAGCAUUUAGGUUCUGCCAUUGUGGCUGUUUUUGUACCAAAAAAGGUAAAUCUGUCCUAAACUGCAACCAAUGUGUGGAGCAAUUCAAAUAAUUGAAAGAAUGAUAAUCAUGUCACGCACUGAAUUUUUAGAGUUAAUUACUUGGUGAGAAGACUGAAUUCAAGGGAUGAAAAGGGACCCUGAUAGCUCUGUAGCUGAUACAUCUACUGAAGAAGCAGAAUACUCUCAGGAGGAAGAUCCUCUGCAAACCAAUGAAGAGGUGAAAGAAGCUCCAAAAGCAGAAGUCAAGAUUCCUGAAAAAACUGAAACUAAGCCGGCAGCUAAAGCUCCAGAAAAGCAGGUGGAGGCAGCAAAGCCGCAAUCUAAGUCACCUGAAAAGUCUGUACCAUCAAAACAAAGUCCCAAAGAUGCAGAGAAAAAACCUGAUGUGAAAUCAGAUAUUAAAGGGGCAGCUCCACCUGCAACCCCAGUUAAGCCUCAAGCAGCUGCAGGUGGAGACAAGGCUCCAGCUGUUAAACCAUCUACAACCCCUACUAAAAGUCCAGCUGCAAGCCCAGUUAAAGCUCCAUCUGCUAGUCCCACUAAGCCACAGGCUGCUUCACCAGCUAAGCCUGUAGCUGCUUCUCCAACCAAACCACAACCUGCAUCUACAGCUAAGCCUGCAUCUCCCACCAAAGCCCAAGCUGCUUCACCAGCUCCUAUAUCAACAACUAACCCUCCAGUGGCUAGUCCUGUUAAAGCCCAAGCUGCAACACCAGCUGAAAGUCCAACUAAAGCUCCAGCUGCUGGUGAUAACUCUCAAAAAUCCCCUGAUAAGCCUGCUGCAUCUGCAGUUACAGAUGAUAAAGUAAAAGCUGCCACAAUUGCUCAAGAUGCAAAGUCCACUGAGGAGAAAGCAGAGAAUGGAGAGGUUGAUCAACAGGAAAAGAUGGAGGCGGAAGACAUAGCAUCUGAAGACUCACAGGAAAAGUCAAAGUCUGAUGCAGAGAGGAAAGGUUCUGGUGAAAGGUCUAGAUCUGAGAAACGCAAGAGGUCUAGCCCUUCCCCAGAGAGGCAAGAUCGCAAACGUGCAGCUCCAGAGAUAAGAGAAGAUGAACCUACAAUUGACAAUGACAAAGUUGCACUGAGUUGGUAUGACUCUGAUCUUCAUAUUCAAGUUGACAAGGAGUCAUUCAUGUCAGCAAGACCAUUGACAGAAGGUGCUUUUGGAUAUGCAUGGGCUGGUGUUAGAGCUACUCAUGGAGUUUCUGCUGGCAAGAUUUGCUAUGAGGUUAAAGUAACUGAGAAAUUGAAAUGGGAUGAUUUUGGAAAUUACGUACCAAGGGGAAACCAUAGGGACCGUUUUAGAACAGAUCAUAGGAAACGGGACAGAAGUAGAGAUGGGAAGGAUAGAGACUCAAAAAAGAAAGAUAAUGAAGAAAGGGAGAAGACCAAGGACAAUGAAGAUGGAGAAAAGGAAAAGCCCAAGGACAAUGAAGAAGAUGUAGAGAUGGAGUCCAAGGCAGAUGAUUCUUCUGAGAAGAACGAUGAUAACAAAGAAGCGGAUAAGUCAGAGAAAAUGGACGUCGAUGAGUCCAAAGAAGCUGAAAAGCAGGAGGACUCUAAGGAUAAAGAUGAGAGCAAAGAGAAAGAAAAGGAAGAAGAUUCAAAAGAGAAAUCAGGAGAUUCAAAAGAAGAUAAGAAAGAAGAAAAGCCGCAACGGGAACCAUUACCUACACAUAUUUUCCGUUUGGGUUGGUCCAUGUCUAGAUGUGGCUUGCAGUUGGGUGAAGAAAAGUAUUCUUUUGGGUUUGAAUCGACAGGGAAGUUUGUCACUGACAGCCAGUUCACAGAUUUCGCCAGUGGUUACAAAGAAGGAGAUGUCAUUGGAGCUUAUCUGAGCAUUGUUGGUAGCGAGGUAGCGAUGAGAUUCACCGUCAAUGGUGAACUACAAGAAGGCGAAUAUAAAGCGGAUAAAUCAGAUUUUCCUGUAGAAGGAUUUGCUCUGUUCCCUCACAUACUGUCCAGGAAUUUUGCAUUUGAAAUCAAUUUGGGUGAUAAAGAACCUUGGUUCCCAAUUCCCAAAGAACUAGAAGGCCAUCAGUUCCUGACCAAAAUUGAAGAGAAGAUACCUGGACCAGCAAGGCCAGAUAACAGAUCUGAUUGUGAGGUCAUUAUGAUGUGCGGAUUACCCGCAUCAGGAAAAAGUCACUGGGUGAAGGAACAUCUGUCCUCUAGUGCUGACAAGAGUUACACAGUUAUAUCAAACGAUAGUCUACUAGAAAGAAUGAAGGUUUCUGGGGUAGAUCUGAAGUCCGAGUACAGAGGAAGAUGGCCGUACAUGUUGGAUAAGCUUCAAAAAGCCUUGAGUAGGCUCCACUGGAUGGCCAGCCAGCGUAGAAGAAACUAUAUUCUUGAUCAGACAAAUGUGUACCCGUCCGCCCAACGGCGCAAAUUGCAGCCGUUCGAGGGCUUCAAACGAAAGGCAGUCGUUAUUGUAUUGGGGGAUGAAGAGCAAGCUCGCAGACAGGCCCUGCAAGAGGCCGCCGUCGGUAGUAAAGAUGUUCCUGAUAGCACUGUUCUUGAAAUGAAAGCGGGGAUGGUAUUGCCGGAUAAGUGUGAUUGGUUGGACGAAGUGAUAUAUGCCGGUGUCGAUGAAGAAGAAGCAAAGGAGGUCGUGAAGCAGUACAAUAAAGCUGGCAAAGAUGCCGGUUAUGGUGCAGAAAGGAGAGACAGAGAUAGAUACGGGAACGACAAGGGAUACCAAAACAGAAGGAACGAUUAUCGCCAGAACCGCUGGGGCGGCGGCAGUUGGGGUAGCGGGGGUGGCGGACACCGUUACGAUCAACGCGGCUGGGGCGGUCAGCAGCACCGCGGUUACCAACAGCAACGCAGUGGAGGCGGCGGAUGGGACCGCAGAGAUCGCCAAGGGGGCGGCAGAGACAGAUGGGGUGGAGGCGGUGGCGGUGGCUGGGACCGCAAUAGGUACGGCGGUAGCGGAGGAUACGGCGGAGGCGGUUAUGGUGGCGGCGGUGGCUAUGGUGGUCGACAAGGCGGAGGUGGUAGCGGAGGCGGGCACAGGUCGGGCGGUUACAGGUCUGGAUCUGGAGGCUGGAGCGGCCAGCAAGGAGGCGGCGGCGGGGGCAGCUGGGGUUGGAAUCAGCAACAGUACGGCGGCAACUACGCCGCUCAAAGCUGGGGCGGUCAAGGUUCUGCCGGUGCCCAGCAACAGUGGAAGUACGGGCAGCAACAUGGCACGGCGGGCUCCACUGGACAGUCAGGUGCGCAGACGGGUGGAUACGGUAUGACAGCGGGGGCGGCAGCCGCCUCUGGCGCCACCGGAACUGCGGCGGCCGGUAAUUGGAAUUAUUAUGGUCAAUAUGGGCAGGGCAACUGGGAUGGCCAGGCCAGUAAUUAUGAAGCCUGGAUGCAAUACGCGAAACAGUACGCUGCACAAGCGCAAGCUCAGGCUCAAACGGCUGCCGGUACGGCACAAGCUGCUGCAAGUGAUGCCAGCAAGAAAUAGAUUGAGGAGCAUUUAUUCCACAAUAUGAUCUUCAUGUACAAAAUCCAUUUACGUACCGAAAUAUGUAUGAGGCUAAAUGUUUCGUUUCCAUGAAACACUAAUUUUUAUUUUAAAAUAUUGACUGUAUGUAUGUUACUGUACGAAAUCGGCUAAGAUUUCACGGAGAUGUUAGCUUCAUAGGAUUUUUUUAUAUAUUAAGAUUAGGUAGUUUACACGUUUCGUUAUAGUUUAUUGUAAAUAUGAAUUUUUUUGUUAGGUGUACAACCUCCUAUCAUUUUAUAUUCUAAAAUUAAAAGAACUAACACUCAGUAUUCUGUGUAUUGAGAUACACAACAUUCACCUUGAAUUUUGACUAUUUUGAUUCAUGUGGUUUAAUUAAUUUUAUUACGCACCAUUUUUUCAGUGAAAACAUAUAACUUCACAUAUUAAUUGAUUGAAAAACUUGGCAAUGUGUGCCUAUUUCAUUCAGAAUGUUAUUGGAGAGCCAUGCUACCGACCUGUGCCACAAUUCAGACAUUUCCAGAUAAAUGUUUAGGAUUAUGCUAAUGGCUCCAUUAGUUAUUCUGAAUCUUCAUCACAGAGCUUCUUGCUACAAGAUAUUCAUCAAGAACAUUCUAAUUUUACAUGUGUUGCGUUUUAAAUUCAUUGCACUACCAUAUUAUGAUUAGGAAGUAAAAAUAAAAUCGCAAAUAUAUAUUUAUCAUUUUAAACACUUUGAUUCCUAUAUAUCUAGUUCUUGUGCCUAAGAUCAGAUAAAUGUAUCCUUUAAUGUUCUAAAGGUUCCAUGUCUACAUGUCAGACAGUUGUAAGGGUAAUCACUCACCGUAUAUACACGUUAAAGUUAACGUUAUUUGAGAUAUAUCACAUUUUGAUACACAAGCCAUUGACUUUAGUGUUAAAUAAAGUUAGCGUUAACAUAUAAGGAUGCUGUGAAGUGAUUACGCAUGACUAUCUAAUUUUGUAUUGUGCUUAAAAUGAUUGAAGCUACCAAUCACAUAACAACCCUAGGAAUCUGUUUUCCAAUUUUGUUAAAAUUGUGAUAUACAGGAUGUAAACGUUAUGGUAGUCAUUAUUGAAAUGGGUAAUAGGGGGGGGUCAAAACAAGUCAAAAAGUUCAUAUGACCCAUGGUCCAAAAGUCAAUAGAUUUUUGUCUAAAUGGAUUUAUAGUUUACAACUUUAAGUGUUUUAUAUUGACCACAAUCUUACUAAUCUAAUCUAAAACGUUUUUAAAUUGGGCAAUUAACAAAUAAAUGACAUUAAGUUUUUCUAAGUUAAGCCAAAAUUUGUAGUCAGUAAGAAAGUAAGUUUCAUUAAAUCGAAAAUUUAAAACACACUUGACAACAGCGAGUCGGUCAUCAUCACUCUUAUUGAACCGGGAAUCCAUCGCAAACGGUAACAGUGGUUAGUUAUACUUUUGCAUAGUUUUGCGGCAUUGUCAGAUUUAUUUUACUUUAAGUCGAUUUUCUCUAAAAAAUGCCAUUUUGACCCCCAUGUUAUAUGAAACUUUUUGCUUCUUUUAACCCCCUCUAUCACCCAUUCAAAUAAUGACUAUAAUAACGUUUACACCCUGUAUGUAGCUUGAUUCUUCACAUUUUGUAUUUUUAUGUUUUCUUCUCCAAAACAUUUUGGCUUAUUUUGCAUCUUUUUAUUAUUUUGAUUUGGCUAAUGUGUACUUUUUAUAGUCUUCAAUGACUGCUACCAUGUAAAUAAUAAAAUUUCUGAAUCUGGUUGUAAUAAAAUAGUUUUAAAAAUAUAAUUUCAGGUUUCAUGUUCUCAUAAUCCUUUAAGUAGUCCUUCAUAAUUUGGUGUGUGUGUCUCUUUGGCAUUUUCAACAUUUCAGUUUUUUCUGUUAUGUGAUUGAUGGAUACACUGUAGUACUUACAGAAAUAAAUUCUACAUAGGUUUUCUAUGUGAUUUAGGACUAUUUUGAUAAAUAAUGAUGAAUCACAGUAGCGCAGUUACUCUUGUAUAAAUAUGAAAACAUGAAUAAAGAGUAAU